AUGGACGCCGGCACGGUGCGGUGCACGGCCAACUACGCGCCGCUCACGCCGCUCAGCUUCGUCGAGCGCGCCGCGGCGGUGUACAGCGACCGCACCGCGGUGGUGUACGGGGAGGCCCGGCGGCGCACGUGGAGGGAGGUGCGGGAGCGCUGCGUCCGCGUGGCUGCCGCGCUCGCCGCACGUUUCGGCGUCGCCCGCGGUGACGUGGUGGCUGUGCUCAGCCCGAACGUGCCGGCGAUGUACGAGCUGCACUUCGCCGUGCCCAUGGUCGGCGCCGUCCUCUGCACGUUCAACACGCGCCACGACGCGCCCAUGGUGUCCGCCCUGCUCAAGCACUCCGGCGCCAAGGUGUUCCUCGUCGAGUCCAGCCUCCUCGACGUCGGGACAGCCGCCCUCAAGCGCCUCACCAACUCAGAGCCCGGCGCCGCCAGCAUUCCGGUCCUCGUAACCAUCUCGGACGACGCCGGCCAAGACUCCGGCCGGGCAGCGAACUACGACUACGAGGGCCUGAUAAAGAGCGCUCCGUCUGAGUUUGACAUCCGGUGGCCGGCGGACGAGCUGGACCCGAUCACGCUCAACUACACGUCCGGCACGACUUCGCGGCCCAAGGGCGUGGUGUACAACCACCGGGGCGCCUACCUCAACACCAUCGGCACCGUCCACGCCUACGACAUCACCCCGAUGCCCACCUACCUGUGGACGGUGCCCAUGUUCCACUGCAACGGCUGGCACCUGCUGUGGGGCGUCGCCAUGCAGGGCGGCACCAACGUCUGCCUCCGCCACUUCACCGCCAGCGUCAUCUUCGAUAGCAUCGUGCGCCACGGGGUGACGCACAUGGGCGGCGCGCCCAUGGUGCUCAACAUGAUCGUCAACGCGCCCGCCGCGGACCGGAGGCCGCUGCCGGGGAUGGUGCGCGUCAUGACGGGCAGCGCGCCGCCGCAGCCCCGCGUCCUGGCCGGGAUGGAGGAGCUCGGCUUCGGGGUGUACCACAUCUACGGCCUCACGGAGACGUACGGCCCGGCCAUCGUGUGCGCGUGGAUGCCGGAGUGGGACGCGCUGCCGGCCGAGGAGCGCGCGCAGCUCAAGGCGCGGCAGGGGUUCCACCACGUCGCGAUGGAGGAGGUCGAUGUCAAGGACCCGGCGACCAUGGAGAGCGUGUCGCGCGACGGCGAGGCGGUGGGCGAGGUGAUGUUCCGCGGCAACACCGUCAUGAGCAGAUACUACAACGACAUCACCGCCACCAAGGAGUCCAUGGCCGGCGGGUGGCUGCACACUGGCGACCUUGCCGUGCGGCACCCGGACGGGUACAUCCAGCUCAAGGACCGGGCCAAGGACAUCAUCAUAUCGGGCGGCGAGAACAUCAGCUCCAUCGAGGUGGAGUCGGUGAUCUUCAGCCACCCGGCGGUGCUGGAGGCGGCGGUCGUGGCGAGGCCCGACGACCACUGGGGGGAGACGCCAUGCGCGUUCGUCAAGCUGAAGGACGGUGCUAUUGCCACGGAUGCAGAGAUCAUCGGCUUCUGCCGGGAGAGGCUGCCGCACUUCAUGGCGCCCAAGACGGUGGUGUUUGAGGAUCUGCCCAAGACUUCGACGGGGAAGACGCAGAAGUUUGUUCUCCGAGAGAAGGCCCGGGCAAUGGGCAGCCUUACCAAGAUAGUAGGAAACAACAGCAAACUGUAA